GCCAAGGCGAGCACCGAUAGCUUAACUCACGGAGGCACAAAAACUUCGUGAGUCCGGAUAGAAAAGGCCAAAAGGGCCAAGCAACGCAAGCUCCAUCAGGGUGCACCAAAAAUACGUGCAACACCUAUCCCUGUCCCUGCGCUCCCCCUCGGGUGUUCCCGACAAUAACCCCGAAAACGACUCCCAAAACCUCUCGACUCCCCACAAAACCAGAGCCCCAAAUUCUCUCUCUCGCGGUCUGGGCGAGGAAAGAUGAUGAAGGUAUCACGCUUCUUGCAGUCAAGGACCCAGAUGUCUAAACAACUAGUAUUUGGGAGAACUUACGAAAUUCAUGAUGCUUUACGGGUACAUGGUUUUGCAUCCCAGACUGGAAUUUCCACUGCCGGAGAGAAUUUUCCUCUUAAUGUAAAUUACUCAGAUCGAAUAUUUGCACCUUAUUCUAUUUAUAAGGGCAAAGCUGCUCUUUCUGCUAUCCCUGUUCUGCCCACAUUCGCUAAAUUGGAUUCUGGCAGUGGUCUGAAAGUUGAUCGUCGUGGUGUUAUGAUGUUGAAGUUCUGGCCUGCUGUUGGGGAGCGCAAAUACGAUUGGGAACGGAGGCAGAUGUUUGCUUUGUCACCAACAGAGGUUGGGUCUCUGCUAAGUUUAGGUCCCCAUGAUUCUUGUGAAUUCUUCCAUGACCCGGCAAUGAAAACAAGUAAUGCUGGCCAAGUGAGGAAGAGCUUAUCAGUUAAGCCAUAUCCAGAUGGUACUGGAUAUUUCAUGUCUUUGACCGUUGCCAACAAUAUCCAGAAAACAAAUGAUCGACUUACAGUUCCUGUGACAACUGCCGAAUUUGCAGUGAUGCGCGCAGCUUUCAGUUAUGCCUUGCCUCGACUCAUGGGUUGGGACUAUUACGGCACUAAGCCGCCAAGCAGCAGCGUGGGGAAGCCAUCGAAGGUGGAUCCACAACACUUAGACUUGGAAUGGGAUAGAUGAAGUAAUGAUGCUGUGCACAUAUUAAACAUCGAGAUGGAAGUUUUUGGUUUUGACUGAUGAGGAUGGCAGAUAUUUGAACAUUUUUUUUGCCAGUAUGAUCAAUGCUACAUGGAUAUUGGUAUGUAGCAAAAAUGACCAACUCUAUGCUUGUGGGUGGGUGUUGUACUGUAUUUUAUGCCAAUUAACAUAGUUUAAUUGUGAAAAAUAGUUUUUAUUUUGCGGUCGUUUUGUUGAAUCAAGCUUGAAGACUACACAUUAAAUCUAGAAUAAUAACAAGGAGGCAACAAUUCAACAUUGUAUAUGAUAUCUUGCAUGGGGAAAGCACAAGAGACUUUGGGUGAGAUCGUGUCGAGCAAUGUGUUGCAGAGAACAAUUUGGGAUGCUUAUUUGAAGCUAGUUAUGUAACAUUUGAUGUUCUUUUU